GUCAAACACGGAUUCGUUAUGUGGACGAGAAGCUAACUGAUGUUUGAAGGAUCACAGGAACUUAAUCCCUAAGAGAUUAUUGUCAGAUUAAUAGAAGAUGAUCACCAAUCCAUAUCUCAAUACAGAUCAACCCUUCAUGCAUGAAGAUGACAAAAUACAAUUCACACCAAAGAAAGGAUCAGAUGUUAAGCUCCAAUAUGUUCACCAUGUGUCCCCAAACCCCCCACCAGAGAUCGGCAGCUCCAACCCCCCCAAGAAAGAUGUCAAAGAGAGAUGGCUGAAGUUCACCGUAGCGGCUGUGAUCUCCCUGCUGCUCCUCCUGAUGGUGGCUGGCAUCCUCCUCGGUUAUUACUAUUCCUCAUCCUGUCUACAUGGGAUGCGGUGUGGGGAUGGGAACUGUGUGUGGGACUCUGAGUGGUGUGACGGGGUCAAGAACUGUCCUGCAGGCCAGGAUGAAGCUAACUGUGUGAGGGUGCGUGGCUCAAACUUCCUCCUUGAAGUUUACUGGACUGAGACUAAAGAGUGGAGGCAGGUUUGCUCCGAGGGCUGGAGUGAUCAGCAGGGUAAAGCAAGCUGCCAUGACAUUGGAUACACCAGGGACACAUAUUUUCAAUCAGGACACCAAAGGACUGACUCAAAUAGGGGGUUUUUAUCAGUGAAGUUAAGCUUCAACCCUCAAUCAUCUAUACUGCAGCAGCUCACCCAGAGAAGUUCAUGCAAGAACAACAGUGUGGUAACGGUACAGUGUACAGACUGUGGGAACAGGGAGAACUCCAGCGAAGCCUCUGGAUCCCAGCUGGCCUCUGUGGGGUCUUGGCCCUGGCAGGUCAGCCUACAUGUUGCUGGCUCUCACAGGUGUGGAGGAGCAAUCAUUUCACCACGAUGGCUCAUCACAGCAGCUCACUGUGUGAGCAGGACCUCAAGUCCUGCAGACUGGGCAGUGUAUGUUGGGAUAGUGGACCCAUUAGGCCCAGUGUUUAAUCCUGCCCAUGCUGUGAGUGAAAUAAUAACACAUGAAGGAUAUAACAGCCAGACUCAACAGAAUGACGUCGCUCUCAUGAAGCUCUCUGAUCCUUUGAACACCAAAGCUUCCAGUAAAAUCAGACCUGUGUGCCUCCCUAAUGCUGGUCUAAACAUGACUGACCCUGGAAAGAGCUGGGUGACAUACUAUGGCCCCACAGCAAACAGAGAUUCUAGUUCUCUGUACCUGAAGGAAGCUCCAGUAUCACUCAUCCCCUCCGCAGAGUGCAACAGCUCCGAGGCAUACAGCGGCAGAAUAUCCCAGGAAAUGCUCUGUGCCACAAAGAUAGAAGCAGGAGCCACUAUGUGCAAUCCUGACAGCGGGGGUCCUCUGGUGUCCCACAUGGAUGGGCUGUGGUGGCUAAUGGGUGAGGGCGUGUGGGGGGAACACUGCAAUGGACAGAAUAAACCAGGUGUCUAUACCAGCAUCAGACACCAUCUGGACUGGAUCUACUAUCAGAUGCAGAAGCAUCAAGAUGCCUGAAACUGCAACCAAAGAGGAUCGGCCUUGAAAAAAGAUUUUUGUUCUAACAUUUCUUAACUUAAGAUUUUAAAGCUGUAUUUGUAAUUAAUUCUGUGUAAUACUGAUUGGUUUAUU